AUCAAACCGGAAUGCCGCGCCCUGGUCGGAACACGUACAACGACCAGAAGCCUCCGUACAGCUAUAUUGCCCUCACGGCAAUGGCAAUAAGUGACUCCAGAGAGAAGAUGCUCCCACUCAGCGACAUCUACAAGUUUAUUAUGGACAAGUUUCCAUUCUACAGACAGAACACACAACGCUGGCAGAAUUCCCUCCGCCAUAACCUCUCAUUCAAUGACUGUUUCAUCAAGAUCCCGCGGCGCCCGGACCGGCACGGAAAGGGAAGCUACUGGGCGCUGCAUCCUUUCGCCGGCAACAUGUUCGAGAACGGAAGCUUCCUCAGGCGACGGAAGAGAUUUAAAGUACAUCAGCAUCGACAAAACGCCUUUGCUUUCCUGGGAGAAAACGAGGCAAACAACAUCAAAAAUAACCUCGAUCGUGCGCGUUUGAGACUACAACAAUCCGCACCAAGUGCCGUCACUACCGAUUACUUCCCCGACCCGCGGGACUUUCUGUCACCCGCGACGCGCCCACAGUAUAAACAUUCAUUUAGCAUCGACAACAUAAUCGGUACGCCGUCAAAACCUUCCGGUGAUAUAUCGCCUCUAACGUUUCCAGUGACGUCACAUCCGGAUUUCGUCUGUCCGUUCAUUCCCACCCACAGUCUGUGGCACAGGCUGAUGAUGUCAUACCGCGCUGGUCACCAGACAGAUAACGAACCUAUAUGUAGCCUGGCGUCUUCGUAUGGAAACUUAAACUUUCAGGUGUCACCACUAAAUUAUUACAACUCGGCACAGUCUCUCCAGCAACCGUUACUUCCUGAUAGUCCCGUCACACCGACGGCGCUUUCAGCAAUACAUUUAUUACGCGAGAACAUUAGCUACGGAAAAGAGCACCUCCGCAGUCCACUUAGUGAAUCUGAAACGGCCAAGCCGAGACCUGCGAUCGUCCAUAGCGUGGACUCUUUGCUUAAACCUGCAAAACAACAUGCUGUACCAAAAGGAUUCAAUUAUCACAAAAAUGCCGGUCGUGAUGAGUCGAAAUCUUAUGAGGUAGAUGUGAGAACAUAA